GGGACGCGGACUGAACUAUUCCACCAGUGCUGAGGGGAGACACACUCUCGCAAGUCUCCAUGUCCUUUCAUUCAUCUCGUGAUAAUAUUUUUAAUUUUUAGCGUAUUUUCCGUUUUGUUUUUAAGUCAAAGUGUUUUUAAAAUAGUCUUAGAAUAAGGAGAUAUGCAGAAGGGAGUGAAGAUGAAGAUGACAUCUGAUCAGAACACAGACGAUUUAAUUCCAGGCGAUGUAGUGUUUGCUAAGAUGAAGGGUUAUCCUUUCUGGCCUGCCAGAAUUGGUGAAGGAAAAGCCCCGAAAAACAAGAUCCCCAUCUUCUUUUAUGGAACACACUCAACAACUUUCCUCUUCUCCAAAGACAUCGUCCCCUACUGGCCAAACAAAGAGAAGUACGGCCGGCCCAUCAAACGGGGCGGGUUCGAGGAGGGCAUGUGGGAGAUUGAGAACGACCCGGGCGUGGGCCUCAGAGGUCAAAAGAAAGCAGCACUGGUGAAACGACUGUCAGAUAGUCGGCCGAAACUGAAAGACAGGAAGAAGAAAGCAGAAAAUCAGAGUGAAGCCAAGAACCAGACUGGAUCACGUAAAGAUUCAGUGUCGAAAGGCGAUUCGAAAGCAGCGACGCCACGUGGGAGAGAAACUCAAAGCAAAACAAAGUCUGAACCUGUCAAGUCGACGGAUGAUAAAACAACCGAAACCAGGUCGACGCGCUCCAGAGAUUCAACGGCAGACAUCAUCACGCCCGACGAAAGACGGACGACUGAAGUCGCGCCUGCGAAGAGAGUGACAUCGCUCAAGACGGUCGCGGCGGGAAGGAGGAUGCUGCCGUCCAGGAAGAUCAUUUUAACGAGACGAGCCGCUGUGGCAAAGACACUUUCCGCUCGCAGGAAACACAUACUGAACAGAAAGAUUGUUUCAACUGUGAAGAAACGGAUGGAUGCUAACAGUCACCGAAAGCCCUUGAGGAUCACGCGCUCUACUGCAGAUCUGACCCAGACCACAGGUGACGUCACUGCCGCGCCGGUCAGGACGCCCGCGCUGAAACACAAACGCUCGCAAACCGCCUCUGAUGUAAGACAGGAAGGAACUCUGAAGAAAGACGCACCUGUUUCUCUUCCAGUGACGAGUAGCUCCGCCCCCUCCAGCCCAGCAGGCUCAAAGAGGAAGCGGCUCACAGAAGAGCAGACGUCUGUCCCAGACAAGCCUGUUUCUCUUCCAGUGACGAGCAGCUCCGCCCCCUCCAUCCCAGCAGGCUCAAAGAGGAAGCGGCUCACAGAAGAGCAGACGUCUGUCCCUGAAGAACCGGAGAAGAACGAGGAGAAGGUCAAGAAGAUAAAAGCGCAAGAUAAGGAUGAACAGACACAGUCGGCGAAUAAACCCGAGGAGGUGAAGAGUGACGUUCUGAGCAUCUCCGAAAAGCAGGAUGAGACAAAAGAGGAGAAACAUCCGAGAGGUGAAGAGAGGAGUAAGAUCCCGGCGGAGAAGAGGCAGAGCGUGCUGAAGUCCCUGCAGGGAUUGGUCACGUCCACCAGGGGAAAGACACAGUCCGGCACUGAACAAACCGCUCAACACGAGGAGCCGCAGAAACGGCCCGAGAGGAGCCGCGGCGUCAGGAGCGAGAACCGCAGCCCCGUUAAACCGGCCGAGGGCGAGAAGAAAGAAACGGAGCAGAACGGAGAACCUGACAGCAGGAACACAGAACAGCAGAACAACACCAGCAGAGAGGAAGAGCGCAAAGCUCUUUCUCUGUCCGUCACAGAUUCUUUGCUCUACCGGCUGCACGGUGACAUCAGAAUCUCAAUGACGCUCGACAAUCCAGAUGUCAGUAAGUGUUUGUUGGCUCUGGACGAGUUGAGCACCGUCCCCGUCUCGUCUCGAAACAUCCAGAACCACAGCGAGCUCAUCGACACGCUCAGAAAGAUGCGGUGGUUUCGUGGCAGCGAGGCGAUCAUGUUUAAAGCCUCCAUGUUGUAUCAUCGCUUCAAGAACAUCUACCUCAUCGGAGAUGCAGACGAGACUCUGAGUCAGGAGUACAUCGACUCGCUGCAGCAGGAGAGAGAGAGCGAUGAGCGGCAGACAGACGGCGGAUCAGUUAUCAGUCCGACGGGAGAGACUCAAGAUACGAAACAAGCGCCUCAAACCACUGAACACGUGCCUCGCAGGUAUGACAUCAUCAUCAUGACAUCAUAUUACACACAGCACCUGAGCUGAACCUCACUUUAAGUCUCACUGUUGCUCGUUUCAGUUUUAUUAGAACUAUUUUCUGUUCAUCUUCUGUUUCUCAUGUUUUCAGCGCAGGCCGCCGAGGACAGGAGCUGACCUGAGGAAACCGCCGGAGUGUUUUUAACCUUGUUUGUGUUGUUAUUCCGGAAUCGGGAGAGAGAGAGAGAGAGAGAGAGAGAGUUUUAUCCGAUCGCUGCAGUUAUUUAUUGGCGCUGAGAUGAAGAGCUCGUGUAAAUCGCACGUUCCCCUCGCCGUUUCAAGAGCUCAGUCUGAAAUCCUCACGCUGAUGCUUUCAGGACUUUUACUUUCAUGUCAUAGAUUGAUCCUAAUGCGAUGAAGACGGGUGUCGUUCUGCAGGAAAAGAGAGAGACACACUAAUAAAGGCAGAGAAACUGAUAUUCCUCCCGUUUGUUUAUCCUGUCAGUUCACCUUCAGCAAACAAAUACCUUCCGCUUUGAUUUCACACAUUCAGAUGUUGGUUUUGAGGUCGGAUGUUGUGUGAACUCUGAUCUGAAGUGUGUGAAAGUAGUGAGAUGCUGAUGCUGACUGACAGGAUCCAGAUUUAUGCGCCUUCUCUUUUAUCACAGAGCAUUAAAUCAUUUAUGAAGCUUCGUCAGACUUUAGCUGUGUGUUUUACAAUGAUUGUGACACUACAAUUAAAGUGAUUUGCCGUUACCACUGAGCAGUGUCUGAAAACUCAGUCGGACACGUCUCAUAAUCUGUUAAAGAGUUUCUCAAACACUUCAGAUGGACGUUUGUUCUCUGUUCUGUUUGUAAGACGUUAAACACAAGCAUUAAAAUGUUCAGGUGUGUGUGUGUGUGUGUGUGUACACAGGGCAGCUAUAUCGUCAUCAUCAUCAUAUAGUGUACAGUAACAUUUGAGUCUGAUCUGGACUCGUUCACACACGAUCUGAUCCGAAUCCGGUGCUAACAGACGCUGUCUGUGUCCUGAAAACAUUUAGCCAUAACACAUUCUAGCAUUAUCUGUCCUGCUCACGCCCCUAGAUUUGUAUUAUAAAGCACUUGCAUGUGCUUCCUGUGUUGAUGUUACAGUCAAUAUGAUCUUGAUCACAUUAAACUGAUCUUCAAUA